ACUACCACACAGUUAAUUAUGUUACGUUGAGUAAUAUUUUUUCGGUCGUAAAUUAAACAUUUUAUUAUAAAAACUCAUAUAAAUUGCUAUAUUCACAUAAAUGUAUAUUGUGUUACUAUAUUAUAAGCCGGGUGGUAUAUAAAAUAUUGUUUAACCUCAAAAACUUUCCGCUGCUGCUUAUUUACCUGCACAUUCCCAUCUGUUUCACAUAAUAUAUCUCAAACCAUGUAUGUUUUUAUCACGUAUGCUAUAAUGUAAUUACAAUAAAUAAGCAAUUAAGUGCAUUAAAAAUAAUAAUAUGAAUUUGUUUUUGUAUUUAAACAGAAAUAAAAUAUUUUUUUCUCGUCUUUGCCAUUUACAUCCAUCCAUGCCCAUAACCACCACCAAACCACUUGAAUCGCACAUGCGCUCUCCACUAUCCGGUCACAUACAACCCUGUUUGUGCGAUGAAUGCAAUUCUUUGCCGUUUCUGUUUUGUCUUCAUUCGGUGUUUGACGUGAACGCACGAGUUGUUGCAAUUUUUAGUGAAAGCGGAAGAUACGGUUCUUUUACAAAUCUAUUGCACAAAAUAAUUCCGGUAACUAAAAUAUAUUAAAAAAAAUAUAUAUAUAAAUUAACGAAUCAUAUUGCUUAAUUCAAAUAAUAAGUGUUUAUUGUUGUAUUAAAAGCAUAGCGUCAAGUGACAAGUUAAGACAUUCAGUAAAAUUUCUCCAAAUAUUCUUGUAAGAAACGAGUACUGCUUCACAGUCGAACCUGAACGGUGCAACUUGAAAUCGAAAGAUAUACAUGUGCGUGUGCUUAUGUGUUGGCAGAAGAAAGAUAGGAAGGAGAUAAACAAAAAAGUGCAUUUUAUAUGAAUGACAAUUAAAUAAAUACGAGCAAGUAUAAAAACAAAACAUAUAAAACACGUGCUAUUCGCGGUACACAAAAAAAUUUAAGUUGGAACCGCCAAUUUCGAACUUCGUUAGCAAUUUGUGGAGACAAUUGGACGGCUCAAUAAUAACAUAUUAAUUAAAACUACGUAUUCACCUGUUUGCCGAAAUUUUUGACGUGUAAAAGUAUACAAAAAUGGUGCAGGCACUCGACUACGACUGCCACGUGCAGCAACAGGACAUCCCACAGGCCAUACAAUUGCUUGGUGAGAUGAACAGUAAUGUGAAACAAGUCACCGAUCUGGUCGAAAGUAUGUUGCAACGCGUCAAACGUGGCGAACUAACAACAGAAUACGGCCUGAGCUUUCUCGAAGUAAAAUAUCACAUGUUGCUCGAUUAUUUGAUAAAUCUGACCUAUGUAGUGUUACGCAAAUGCUCCGGCGAGACCAUCGAAGGCGAUCCAUCAAUUGAACGAUUAAUCGAAAUACGCACAGUAUUGGAGAAAAUACGACCUAUCGAUCAUAAGUUGCGCUAUCAGAUCGAUAAGCUAGUAAAGACAGCCACCACCGGCGUAUCGAGUAGUUCCGAUCCGAUUUUGUAUAAGCCCAAUCCAGAUAAUAUGCUCACAAAUGCUGGCGGUGAUGACGAUGCCGACGAGGAUGAUGAAGACGAAAGUGAAAAUUCGGCAUCCGAAAGUGAUGGCGAUGAUGAGGAGGGCGAAGCUGGCGUGAAGAAACCCAAAAAGGGCGCUACAGCGGGUAAGACUGGUAUCUACGUGCCGCCCAAAAUUAAGCCGGUCUAUUACGAUGGUGAUGAGAAGUCUGUGGAUAAAGAUAAGAAGAUGAUAGAGCGUGCCAAGAAGCGUGCCAUCACCGCCUCGAUGUUACAAGAUUUGAAGGAAGAAUAUCUCGACGCACCUACCGAACUAUCAUCCGGCUCACGCGCCCAACAACUGCUCUCCAAACAACAAAAAGAGAAACAAGAAUAUGAGGAAACCUAUUUGACACGUCUGCCGGUAACCAAAGCGGAAAAGCAUCGUCAACGCAAGUUGACCACUCUAGCCACACUUGGCGAUGAGAUACUCGGCGAAAUUAGCCGCGAUCCGGCGUUGCGUGGUGAGAGUUUCAGUGGUGGCAGUAAAAAACGUAAAUUGAAGGGUAAAGGUAAAAAGCGUGGUGGCAAGAAGCGGAAGUUCCAUUAAAGCCAAGAGCACGUAGGAUUAUCGCGCGCGCUUAUAUAAAAGAAGAACAUAUACGUACAUACUUAUAUUGAAAUACAAGCGAAAAAUUAAGCAAGCAAACAACAAAAAAGAAAAAAACAGUAAAGCAGAAAAUUUGCAUAAAAAACAACAAAACAAAAUAUAUAAGUAGUAUCAACCAAAAAUGGUAUGCAUAUAUACGGUUUUUACCAUUUAUUAAAAUAUAUAUAUAAAUAAAUAUAUACAUACACAAAAAAUGCUGAUGUGAAUGGAAUUUAAGCAAUUUUUUAAACAAAUUUAUAUUUUUCUAUAGUUACAUACAAAAUAUGCUUUAUUACUUACAAACAUUUUGUUAAAUAUAAAUAUAAUAUUGAUUUAAUAUACAAAUAAUUGUAAAGUAAGCUACAUUUUUCGACAGUUUGUGUUUGUAGUUUGUUUAACAUUAAUUUUAAUAAUAUUAAGUUUGCUUAUAUUACUUUAAAAUUUGGUUUUGUUUAAGUUUGAAUCAGUUCUGUGUAUUUCUUGAUAUUUUAAUAAAAAGAAACUUGUUCGUAUUAAAA